AUGUCGGAAAUAAGCUCUACUGCCGAGUACAAGAAGGAUGAGGAUGGAUAUGCGCUCAAUCCCCCAAGACGAACCAUACAGCUGCAGUUACCUUUCGGUGGACCGUUGGACUUUAGCCCCAAGUUUGAAUAUUGUCCAGGAGAGGUUGCAAACAUAACGAUACGACAACAUCGAAAGUUAAAACUGGUUCGAACACUGUGCAAAUACAACGCUUCAUAUUUUAUACCAAAUGGUUUCUAUUUGUGUGAGGCAGUUUGGAACGCUUUUAGCGAGAUCGGUCAGCUGUACAUCCUACGAACGAUUAAACUGGACAACGGGGUCAUGCGCAAGAUCGAGUCCUUCUGUGGAGGCGAUGUGUUUAAUACGAACGCAUCCGUAGACUCUCCAGGUGUGCAUAUAGGCGCGUUCAAUCCAUAUUUCACAAUCGAAGAUAGCAAACGAUAUCACAGCGUUCCUGCUAACAUUAAGGCCAAAUGGUAUGAUACAUACCAUUGUAUCCAUACGGGCGAGUUCAAUAAAGAAAACACUAUGGCUGAUGCAGAGCAUAAGAUAAUUACGAGACGUCGUUUUGGGCUUUCUAAUUACAUUCAGCUUUUCAAUAGGCAGCAGCACAACACGGAUCCAGCAAGGCUGAUUGAGCAUUGCAAAAAUGCGGGAAGUUAUGAUUUCGGUUCCCUUGUCGAUCCCGAAUCUACGCCAGGGGAGAUCACCACUAAUUCCGAAAAGUCAAUCGACUAUAAUCGACCAUGGGCGAGCCACGAUCCAGGAUACCGGAACCUGUAUCUCAAGAACGGCAAGAACGCGGUAACAGUGUCGGUGGAAAAGAAGCAAAGACCUGACGCAUUGAAGUUCGCAGCACAGCCUCUUAUCGCUUACUGGCCACUCGAUCCUUUGAGGCACUUCUUAGCACACCCAGAAGGCGUCUAUUUGGACGACUGGUGGACGUGCCAGGUUCAUUGUUUUGAAGGAUCGGAGGGGUCUAGACUACGUGCGAAAUGUCGAUCGCAAUUCACAGGAAAAGGCGAUCUGAUCAAGGAUACGAUCAUUGGCAUUGGACGCGCUGCUCAAAGUUUCAAUGCCAAAACGAACAAAUGGCACUUUUUGUGCCUUAACGGGAAGCAGUAUGGGGGCGACCUAAUGAGACAAUUCGGCAUAGGCGAAGAUUUCCCUAUACCUGAGGACUAUGGGAGCGAUGCUUGGUACCUAGGCGACGAGUCGCCUGUACAGCAUCACGCGCCACCAACGCCGCAAAUACUGCGUGGCACGUAUGACGGAUAUCAACUUUACAAUGGGAGAACAGCUUUGGAGGUCGCCCAGGAGUCUAAGAAGCGUUCAUCGUCGAGUACCGAUCUAGUAUCGGAAAGCAAGAAAAGACAUAAAAAGGCUGCGAACAAGGAAGGUGAGAAGGACCUUCGUUCGAAAUCGAAAUCGGAUGUCGAAAAGCUUGAGAAGGAACUAGCAGAAGCGAAGACUUAUAGCUUCCAGGUCCUAAGUGACCUCAAGGCAGAAAAGGAGAAAUAUUUCAAUGCCGAAAAAGAGCUCAAUACGGACACGAUCAGGGAGCUCCGCCAGGAGCUCGACGCAACGAAUAUCAAGCUAUCGACAUCGAACGCUGAUUGUGAAACGGCAAAGGCCGAAGUAGACGCUUUCAAUACAGACUUGGCAAAGUUCACUGACGAGGGAAUGCAAACACUGCGCGAUAACCUAUUCAAGAAGCUCGAAACAGCCCAGGGGGACCUGCUCAAAGCGAAUGAAAAGCUGCUCAAAUUUGGCAAGUUGGGCCUUAACCCAGAUAAGUACAUGCUAGUAAGCGAAGCCGAUGAGAUGAAGCAAGAAUACGGCGCAACUAUCGAUCAGCUUAAGUCAACGAACGAUACCCUACACAGAGAAUACGAUAUAACUAUCGAUCGACUUAACACGACAAGCGAUACCCUUCGCAAAAAAUACGAUGCAACUAUCGAUCACCUUAACACCACAAUCAACUCCCUUCGUGCAGAAAAGCAGCAGAUCAAACGGGAGCUAGAUGCAACAAUAGCAAAUUCGCAUAAGGCUGGGAAAGAACAAGGCGUUAUUACACUACAGGAUUUGCAGCGGGUUGAGCGUGAGCGAGAUACAGCGAUAGCAAAUUUGGGUGCAGCUGAGAAGGGAGGAACCGAUAUUGCUCUGCAGCAAGUCAAGAGUGAACGAGAUGCAGCGGUAGCAGAAUUGCGGACGGCUGAGAAAGGCCGUAACGACGCGAAAAAGGAGUGCGAUCAUCUAUGGGGCGUGGUACGCAGUCUGACGGACGCAGGAAGAUCGAGGUUUACGGACGGUACAAGCGCUGAAGGGAGCGACGCAAAAAACGCCUAG